CAAAAAUGAUAAAAAUAGGCAUAUCGUCGGUAAUAAAAAUGAAUUUUAAGAAUUCAUAAAUAAAAAAACAGCUAUAUACAUCAGGGAUCUGUGCGAUCUCGGAUUGUUCGAAUAAGGGUUUUGAUCCGGGUUUUUGUCGUUAAAUCUGUAACAAAUCCUCACAGUUUUCUAGUUUUUGGUCUUAUAUCAGCUGCAGCGCCUGAGAAUUGCAUUUUAUCCGUCUGGUAGAGUGAAAAUUGGCGGUCGAAUCACGGUUUUUGGCUCAGAUUUGGCUAGUUUGCUCCUGAUUGGGAUCUCAUUUGGUUCUAUUCGGCAUUGCGGAGAUUUUUGGUGGAAAAUUAGAGGGUUUGGGAGAUUUGAGAUUUGAGGUGUUUGAGUUGGAUCUGGUUAGAAUGACGGCUGAGUUGCAAGAUUGCAAUGGAGCCGUCGGAGGUCUUAGGGUGGAGCAUGAGGAAGUUGAGGUGCAGACGAAUCCUAAGACAAUUCUGAUCGAUGAAAAUUUGAAGCUGGAGGGAGAGGACCAGGUGUGUAAUGGCGUCGUCAGGGAAAAUUUGAAACCGGAUGAAGAUAUAGAGGAUUUUUCUGGCGACGGGAGUGAGAAUUCAAAGGUGAAUGAAGAUAGUGAAAAUUUGAAGUUAAAUGAAGAUAAAGUGCUUUGUAAUGGUGAUGCCAGUGAAAGUUUGAAGAUGAAGGAGGAUGACAAGAUUUGUAAUGGUGAUCAGAUUGAAAAUUUGAAUCCGAGUGAUGAAUACGAGGGUAGUGAUGGAGAUGGGAUUGAAAGUUGGACAUUGAUUAAAGGUGAGGCAGUUUGUAAUGGUGAUGAGAUUGAAAAUUUGAAGGCGAGUGAAGAUGAGACUGCCUGUAACGGUAAUGAGGGUGACAAUUUGGAGCCGAAUGAAGAUAAGACCGUUUGUAAUGGUGAUCUGUGUGAGAGUUUGGAGUUAGUUUCAAAGUGUGCUGGGAGUGAAAUUUGUACAAAGGGAAUCGAUAAUGACGACAAUUUGUCGAUGGAUAAUUGUAAACAACACGAACCGGAAUUUGUUAGCGUUCAAGCUAAAUCUAGUGAUCAGCCACCUGAUAUGAAGUCAGAAGACCCCGUUUCGUCCAUGCCUGGAACUGUAGAUGAAGUGCAGGAUCUGCAGUGUUUGGUAAGUGAGAACGAGGUUGAAUCCCAUUUGAUAGAAAAGGGGGACGAUGUUCUUCAUUCAGAACCUUUGGUUGAGGAUUGUCUCAAUCAUGAAGUGCGUGAUCUGGUAAAUGAAGAAGAGGAAGAGCCUGAAUUGCAAUGUUUGGAAAAUGAUAAGAUUGAUGUCGAAACCGAAAACUCAAAGAAUGAAGAGACAGAGCAUACUUUUGAAAUUAGGGUUGGUAGGGAUCAUGAGGUUGGACAGCCUGAUUUGAUUGUUCAGGAUGAGGAAAAGCCUGAGCAGGAAUUCGAAGAUGAAGAAAACCAAGAAAAAAAGUUUGACUUUCAGAUUGAUCAGGUCCAUGAGCUGGAAUCACGGGGGGUUUUAACUGAAGAAUUCAAGUCAGAGCCAUUGCCUGUGGUUGACAUGAAUUGUGAGCCAGUUGCAUUAGAAACACAGAAUGUGAUCAGUGAAGAGACCAAGCCUGAAUCACACAUGGCAAAUGAUGAGUUUGAAUCAGGUGGUGAAUUGCAGGAAAACAGACAUGACACAUCCAAUAAUGUUGAAAAUGGUACAUUUAGGAUAAAUAUGGCCGAGUUUCCGGCUUUGAAGUCUUCUGUAGACAAAUCAAUUGAGCUUGCAUCACAUGUUGUUGUCAAUGAGGAGAAUACAUCUUACCUGCAGUGUUGGCCAAAUGGGAGCAAUAUUGUUGAAUCUCAUAUAGAUGCUAGUGAUGACAAGGUGAUUGAAUCAGAGUUAUUUGUUAGUGGGAGCACUAAUCUUAUCAGUGAAGACAUGCAUGGGGAAAACAAUGACGAGUUACAUCAUUCAAAAGAUGAAAUUUGUGAUGUAGAAUCUGGUAGCUGCAAUGAGAGUAACCCUGGUGGUGUUUCUGACACAUUGCUUGAAACAUGUGAAAUUAGCAAUGGUACAGAGCAGUCUGAGAUUCAAGAGGACAAAACAGAUAUUGCUGAUUGUGUAUCAGCAGUUGGUCCAGACUCAUCAAAUGUAACGUCGAUUUCAGGGAAUGUGCAAAAACGUGAAGCAGAAGUUCCUAAGAAGACAUUCUAUUGCCUGGCUAAAAUACCCAGGCAUGUUGAUAAUAAAAUCAAGGUGCAAAUUCGACUUGCUCAGUUGCAGUUGGAUGAGAAAACACAAAGCAGGGAUUUCAUUAAAGCAGCCAUACAAAUGAAACGGGCUAGCCGAGAACAAAUGUUGAACAGGUUGAAAGCUGCAAGGCAGGAAGAGAGGACAAUCCGUGAAGCAAUCAGGUCCAAACGACAGGAUAUGGAUCCUUUGCAGAUAGCCUUGAAUAAAAUAAGGAAUGCAAGCUCAGCAGAGGAGUAUGAUGACAAGAUAUACCAGAUGCAAUAUCGGAUUGAGCAUGAGAGUAUGCCAUUACGGGAAGAAAAGCAAUUGUUGCGUGAUAUCAAACAGAUGAAGAUUUCUCGGGAUGAAUUAUUUGCAAAUACAGGGUCUCAUUCUGAACUCGAAGAGGCAUUUGAUAAUAUAGAUACAAUUCAAGAGCGCAUUCAGUUUCUGGGUCAGCAGUUGGAAUCCCUGAAAAGGCAGGCCUCUCAAGCAGAAAAGAAUACCCUUGUCAUUCAGAAAGAUUUUGAAGCAUUGAAUGAUGAUUUAAGACAGUUGCAAGUUCAGUGGAGUGCUGCAGAUGGUGUUCGACAAGAUGCCUAUGAAAAUUUAAGAGUUUUAAAGAAACAGGAAUAUGAGAGGAAUAAUGAGUUCUACCAGAAUAAAAGUGAUAUCCAGGAAGCCAAACAGUAUGCCCUUGCAGGAGAAAGGGAUGCAUUGGAUAAACUCUGUAGCAAUCAGGUCAACUGGAUAAUUGAGAUGUGGGUUAAGAAUGCAGACUUCCGUAGAGAAUAUAUGAAGGAUAAUGAAAGGAGUACACUGAGGCGCUUGGAAACUCUUGAUGGACGAUCACUUGGUCCAGAUGAGGAGCCUCCUCUACCAACUAACUAUGGUGAUGAGCUUGAUUCUUCUGCACUGCCUCAGGCGAAGCUUCCUUCUUCUGUUACAAAACCUGAGAAAGAGGAUAAGUCAACAACCACAUUGCAGCAACCUACUGUAGUAGAACCAAAAUCAAAAGUGCAGCAACCACUACCCAAGGAAGUUGUCAUGCCACUCAAAAAUUCUGAUGUGAAGUCAAAAAAGUCUAAGAAAGGGUCAUUAGAGUCAAUUCCUCAAAUUGAAUCUUUUGAAGUGAUUCCUGAGCCUGUCAAAAAGGAGGAAGAAGAUUUGGUAAAAAAGGAGGAAGAAGCUGCUAAAAUGAAAGAGUUGCGCAAACUAGAGGAGAUGAGAAAGGCCAAAGAAGCCGAAGAGCGGAAACGAAGACUUGCAGAGAGAGCAAAUGCAAAGGCAUUGGCAAGAGCUCAAAAAGAGGCAGAGCGUAAAGAGAAAGAGAGACAAAAGAAGGCCAACAAAAAAGCAGCUGCUGUUGCAGCGACUGUUUCUAAUAUGACUGAAAAUGACAUAACAUCAUCAGAGACUAAGAAUGAUGCCUCACAUGACCUCCAAUCUUCUCCCAUAGUUGAGUCAAAAGAUUUAACAUCUACAACUCAGAAGAAUGCUCCAUCACAGCGGAAGAAAUCAGUGUCUCAAAAAGCUAAGUCUAAGUCUAUUUUCCCUGCAGCAGCUAAAAGAAACAGAAAAGGCAUUCAAACAUGGAUGUUGAUCCUUUUUGCUGUAGUUUUUUGCAUGUUUCUUUUGAUAUUAUGGUUUUAUAUCUAGAUCACGAUUUUGUGGCUCAGGAUAGAUCACAGAUUCUUUUCGUAGGUCAGAAGUCUAGCUCAUUUUGUUAAUGCUUUAAAUUUCAUUUUGGGGUAAUAAUAUUUAUGGUCAUUAAAUGUCAAAUUGGGGUUCUGUUGACCUCCAAUCAAUAUAAAUAAUACACUCACCACAAAUUUGUGGAGGAAGCUCAAGAUGGUGUGCUUCUUGCAACAUUUAGUUUGUUCUCACAUCUCAGGACAGUUUAUUAGAAGCUGUAUUUGUAUUUUUCUAUUAUUUUUCAAGAAGAAAUCUUUGGUGUGAAUGCCAUAUUAUUUUUUAA